AUGCGGCUUGAACACCUUAGGCUCUUGGGCUUUAGCUUCAGAUCCUUUGCUGAAAGGAACUUAGGAGCUUGCUGCAAGACACUGCCAGCAGAGAAAACCUGCUCCACACAAGCUUCAAAUCUUGAGGAUGUUCCUUCCCACUUGGAGUGUGCCAUUUGCUGGAAGUUGCUACUGGAACCUGUGUCUGUGCCAUGCGGCCACACAUUUUGUCAGGGCUGCCUGAACCAAGCUCUCGACUACAGGAGCUGA